AUUCAGUUCUGUUGCAACCUCGGACCGGUUUGGAUCGACUACUGCAGUCUGUCUGGUGUGUGGUGCGAUCCUCGUUGACGACGCUGCUUCACGCGUGUGUAAAUCCACAGUUGCUCAUCAGCAGCGUGCACUGUGCGGGUUCUUUAUGUGCGCGUUUGCUGCUCGCCGCUUUGCAUACAAUGGAAUGAUUCUUGGUGCGGUGGUGAUUUAUGGUCAAAUUAUGCGCUUUUCGCGAGGCGACGACAACGGAAUGGUGCGUCGUCGAUGCUGCUGCUGCUGCUUCUUCUCCAGCUUGUGAACGUGAGUGAAAAUCGACACACAAAACCGAUGGUUGUUCCAUGUUCGGUUCGUCGCGUUGUAUUUGCUAAUGCUCUUUAGUGAAGAAAAGCGGUGAUUGCUCGUCGUCGUCCCAUAUUGCGUUUGAUGUACUUGGAAGAGUGUGUAGUUUGGUGCCGGGGAAGAGAUGCUCGAAGAUAUCCAGGCAGCAUACUGGGAAAAAUAACGAAGAUGGGAAAAUAGUUUAAAAUUAAACACACUUUCAUUCAUAAUUCGUUGGUCCCGGCACAAAGGAAUUUGUGCGACAAUAUUACUCCGGCUGAAAUCGAAUGCCAGAACACGAGAAGCAGCUUGAAGAAGAAAAAAACCCGAUUCUAGUGAACAUAGAUAAUACGGAUUCACAUGUGUUUUGUGUCGUCUUACAACUUCUUUCGGUGUAACCAUUCUUGACUGUAGCUAAAGAGAGGGUGGUGUGGAAUUGCUACUAGAAAAAGUUGAGCUGGUGCAGUAUAUGGGAUUAGUGUUUUUCCGUGAUUGCUGCUAACGACAAUUUCGAAUGUAAUUUUGAAACGAUCACCAAUGUUUAUGGAUUAGACAGUGACAUAUCCAGAACGGUACUAAAUAAUCAGAAGGAUUCAACGAAUACAACUAUAUGCUUUAAUCAGGAAUACAUACAACGAUUGCGAUUCAUGCACGCAUAAAGACGAUACCAAUUACCGAAUGCCACGUCAGAGCGCCGAUGCCGAUAAUCAUCUGAAAUAGCUGUCAUUUUGUGGUCACCGACGGUGACGCCACCAUAAAAGGAUUAGCAAAGUUGAAGUGCACCCAUAAAGCUCUGCUGCGCAGCCAGUCAGAGUCAGUACCUAGUUGACGAAGAGAGUCAUUUGCCCGACACGCUUGAUCAGUUUAUUGAGCCAUUGAAAAACGAUCAUGGGUCUGUGCCGUCCCUAAGCCCUUCUGUACAGUAGGUAGAUGGCGUUUGGGAUUCCAGCUGGGGCUUCGCAUAAACUAACCAUCGAGUGGGUGGUACUUGCGCAUUUGGCUUGAGACCCUUUGAAUGAGUUGGACCAUGUGCUGCAGCAGUGCACACACAUAUUUCAGGAUUAGUUAGUGUUAGGCUCAUGUUUUCCUCCGCACAGAAGAUUGCGCACCAGUGAACCACAAGUAGUAGACUUGUAUGCGGUGGCUGGCUGGCGCAUGCCAGAAGAUACACGAGUAAAAGGAAAAAAAACCGCCUCGCGUCAACCAACCGUUCAGCUGAGCUGAAGAGAAAUAGCCAGGGAGGCAGAAAAGUGAAGUGAAGUGGCCCACUAUUACUUAACACAUAAAUUACCAUUCGGAAUUCGGAAUUGUAAUUCAGAGUGUUCGUGUAUGCAUGCAUAAGCAACUCAGCUCACCAGCGGUGAAGUGAGCUGGAAAAAGUUGUGGGGAUUGUAGUGUGUAUGUUCCGCAUGUCUAGUUAAACAGGAAAAGUGGCGAAAAAAAAAACGACCCAGACUGAGGUCCCAGUGAAUAGAAGAAGAAAAAAAUACCCAAUCGCGACUAAUUAAAACCCAUCUCGGAAGUGAACUGGGGGUUUCUCAAGAGGCAGCCUUCCACAGUUAGCCCAUAACUGCCAUCCGGCACCCCGGAUCAUAAAAGAACAACCAAUUUGAUUCGAAGUUCGAGCAGUUCCCGAAAGAGAGAAACGAGGGAAAGAUGGUGCUCUGCGACAGUGAUUUAGAUGUAACGGGCAUCUCGCAAAAGUGGAACAAACUUCGACGUCGCUGUGCAUCGUUCAAAACAGUCUCAGGUCCAGCGUCACUCGAUUCGGACACCAACUUCAUUCUGGCCGAGCAUCCGGCCCACUACCAGAUCAUAGCGGCCGGUCCAGUCCCUGUUCAAGUUCAGCAGCAACAUCAACCCCACCAUCAUCACCACCACCACGGUCAUCACCGUCAUCAUCACCAUCACCUCCAGCAUCAUGAUCACGAGCGACAUCUAGCCGAUCAAGCCCACUUCGCUCAUCUCCACGAUCCCAACUGGGAACUACGACAUUCCAGCUCCAGUUCAACGUCCACAUCUUCCUCCACGAUUGGUCCGCCUCCAAUCUACGCCGCGGAAGAAUACUGGCAAAUUCACGAACGGGAUGUCAAACUAUGGCGACUCGGUGCUCAUCAAACCUACGCCCAUAGGAUCCGAGUAACUCCCAAUCAACGACGCAGUGCCCACAGCAUAGAUUGGGAGUACAACGUCCACAAGUACGAAAACAUGGUCGAUCACGCCCAAGUGUCCCCUGCUCGACUUUUCCGACACGAAAAGCUCCAGUAUUACGACGAAGUGUCCAGUGUUAAGAAGAAAAACUCCCUCGGUGCUAGUGAAAGUGAGAGUGGAAUUAAAAUUGCCAAAGAGAUCAAGCUGCCUAGUCUGAAAAAUUUCAAAUCGGCGUCUAUGCGUCUACCCGGUCAGAAGUCUUCCAUCAACGAGGUGCAACAACUGCUUAGAAGUAAGUUCAACCGAAUACAUGCCGGUCUCCGGAAAAGGCGGGCACUCUCCGUUCAGGAAGUGUUCCAGAUGCCCGCUCAGACCACCCCUACGAAACCUACCUUUUACGUUCCAUCACCGCUGGUCGGUGAACGACACCCUCACAACCCAUCCCGAUAUGAAGAGGAGCCCAACGAAGACGAGGAUGGCCCUCUCAGUCUACCAUACAUCAACGAAAACCUACUCAAGGCGGACGAUUCCCACGUUAAACUACGGGAUCGAUCACUAAGUCCCCGGAAAGAACGCACCAAAACCUGGUACCGUAACAUCGACCUCAGCGCACCCGCCUGUAAGGCCGACCAGGACACUCCAAAGCAAAAACCGAGUACCAAACCAUCCAUUCCCGUCACCGAAGACGAACGUCCCGAAACGCCCAAAACCAAACCAAACUUCGUGAUCGGUGGCCGCGUAUCGCUGCGCGAACGCGUCGAGAACAUGAACCUCAGCCGACUCCGAUCGAAAACCUCCACCACCGGAUCAUCCCCCAGUCCCGUUUCCCGGAAGCCUAACGAACCACGCAAAAUCCGUCCCCGCAGUCAUUCCCCGCUGAAAAACAUCAAGAUCAACCUCUCGAGCAUAGGAAUCGGAACGCCAACCGGUGAAUCAACGCCCAAACCCAAACGGGACUCGUUUGGCCUUUUUGGCCGACUGAACCGCAUGAUGCACGGUGGUGCCAGUAGUCCUUCGCCGGAAAAGUCCAACCGGGUGACGACUGUCGGUGCCAAAGAUGGCACUGCCACCGUAAAUGGAACCAGUACCACUCCGGUGCGAUCGUCGAAAGCCGACACCGCUAACGGUUCGGCGACCAAAGGUGGUGCAACGGCGUCUUCCGUUAGCUACAGCGGGAAUGUUAGUAAACAGUCCACCAUUCAGAAGCUGACCCAGCUGAGCAGUGGGAGUAGACGGGACUCGGCGGCGGCAGCGACCAAGGCGGAAACGAACGGCAUCGAACGUGACCGGAAAUCUAAACAGAUUUCCGAUUGCUCACAAAAAACUUCAGUAUCAGUCAAUGGUCUAUCGAAGCCCACUUCUGUAACGUUCAUCAAGGUACCAGACACUCAGCAGAAUCCAGAUGACAGAGAAGAUGAUUUCGACGAGGAGGAGAUCGAAGAAAGCAAAUUCUGCACCCUACCACGAAGUGGCCCCAAUGCAUUUACAAUUCGACAGGCACGGUUCGUCAAAGGGAACGGCGCCAAAGCCCUGGGCUUUUCGAUAGUCGGCGGAAAGGAUUCCCCGAAAGGCUCGAUGGGCAUCUACGUGAAAACCAUUUACCCCAAUGGACAAGCGGCCGAGAAGGGAACCCUCCAGGAGGGUGACGAAAUCCUCUCGGUCAACGGGAAAGCAUUCCAGGGACUGUCCCACCAGGAGGCAAUCGACGUGUUCAAAUCGAUCAAAACCGGCGACGUGGUCAUUCUGCUCGGCCGGAGAAAUAACCGACGGAAGUUGGAUACGCCUUCGCCGCAGUGAAUGGGACUUUUCCCUCGGUGUUUGAAAUGCUUAGUGGAAUGUUUAUUUUUACGAAAUAAGGAUUUCGAAUAACAUAUGCAAUUGUUAGCUCGGUAAGAUUUACACGCGCAAAUUUAAAAUCGAAUCUAAAAAUAUAGAUCACGGCAGCUCGAACCAAAUUGAAAAUUCAAAUAAUCUACCAUCUUUUUUCUUACCAAUGUCGAAUAAGUACGCAGACAUAACUAGUCCAAGAUUCUUUAUAUAAAAAAAAAUGAUGAUUGUAGAAAUAUAACGAACACAAACAGAGCUUUCAUUGAGGAGACAGAAUAUACCAAUUCACUUAAAUACAGUUAGUGUUUAACCAUACCAAAGGAAUGUCAUCAAAUGAAUGCUUAACCGAAUGAACAAAAAUUUGUACGAUUAUAUGAGUUUCCAGAAGAAAAUAUAUUUGCUUUUUCUGUUGAAUACGUUGCUUUUGUCUGUCCAGGUCAAAUUACGCGGACCGGAACGAACCCCGUAGUAGUAACCGUCUUUUGAAUUUAUUUGCAGUUAUUUACACCAUCGUUCUUCGUACCAUUAAGUCAUGCGAAUAUACAUAAUCUAUGAAGAGUAAA